AUGGAUCCAACUCGGGAGUACGUCUCUGGCAAACCGGACCACGGAGGUGGUCACUGGCCGGCACAAGCAACAUCCAAAAGGCCCAUCCAUGCUCCUCCGGUCCCGCAGACAUUCGUCUCCGUGCCGGUCACCUCGAUCAGAUGGGCUGGUUCCCAACCGGUUUUUGUAACCGCUCUUGAAUCACCCGUGGCUGACAUGGAGCACAUGAACGGAAACAACGUCCUUCUGGGAAGAGUCGGGAUGACUCAAUAUUCCCAACAGCAAUACGGUUGGGUCCAACAUCUCCAUGGUUUGAUCGCGGGUAUCACUCCUGCAACACUUCCCGGACAAGCCGGAUUCAUGUACGACGCAUUCGGAAUGAGCAGAGGUCUGCCGGCUCAAACCCAAGGCCACGUCCACGUCCACGCCUACGCCGAGGGUUCCAAGGCCAACGCUGGCCAUGACUUUCUGGCUCAAUACUACGCCAGGCUCUCCUUAGCGGACACGGGUGCAGACAAAAAAUCUCCCAUUCCUGUAACGGCCCCUUCCACUGUCACGGUUACACCUGAAGCGCCAGCCCAGCAAUCCCAGAUUUUCACAGAGACCACGGGCACGGGAGCCACAGGCCUCACCAUCACCACGGUCACGGGCAUCGCAAGCACAUCCACGCGCACCAUAACCGGACCGGACGGAACCGUCAUCGUCCCACCUCCCAUCCCCGCCCACCCCGGCUGUGAACUCUCCCUGCACUUGGGGGAGGCCCUGUUAUUAGAGCGCAAUACCCGCGGUACGGGUAUACUGGCACCAUCCUAG